CGAUCCUCCCUCCAUCGCCUUCUUUCUCCAUCCUUCUUGUAAGAAACCAUAAUCUUUACUUCACUGCAAAUGCGGAAUCUUGGUCCAAAUUUUUACCCACACAUCCCAACUGCUCGAUGAAAUGCCUGAACAAUGGUGUCAUCUAUCGCCUCCUCAACUGUGCAUCACUUAAUUUCCCCUGUGGUUUCUAUUCUUGGGUUGGGAUCUAAUUUCAAGAUUAGGCCCCGAGUUUCGUUCUUGUCGGUGAAAAAGGACUGCGUUUUAGGGUAUAAAGAGUUGAAAGAAACAAUAACAAGAAGUGGGGUUUCCUUUGAGGGGUAUUUCAAUAGUGAAGCAGAGUUGGUUUUAGAGAGAGAAAUCUUGGUGUUCAUGAAGAAUUCGAGGAACCCAAAUGAGUUCCCAACCAAGAAAGAACUACUGGAUGCUGGGAGACUUGACUUAGUGAAUGCCAUCACCAAGACAGGUGGUUGGCUGGCUUUGGGUUGGGAUUCUUCUGAUGAUGAAAAUGAUUUGGAGAGCAAUGAUUUUAAUGAUCUGAGGGAGUUACAUACAAGGGUUGAAAGUUAUCAACAAAGACAUGAAGCUGCUUCACCCUCUGGUAGACCACUUGAAAUGGAAGCAGAUGAUGAAGAUAAAGGAGUAGAAGGUAUACUGAGUAGAUUGAAGAAACAUAGGAGAUUGUCAUUUGACCUUUGUAUGGAGAAAAACAUAUAUGCUUCAAGUAAAGACAACGGUUGUCUCUCAGAUUUUCACAUGUCAACUGAUGUGGGUAAAUCAACUGCACAAGGAACUUGGACAAUUCCAAGAAGGCACUUCUCAGAUUUUCAAGCUGCAGAGAUUGAUUAUGGAAAAGAGGACUCAACGGCUAAAAUGCUAGCUAUACAGCGUGAUUCGCAACUCCAAGAGAGACAUCAGGAGAUAAACCCAGAUCAGAUAAGAUCUCGACUUCAAGACAUGCAACUUGAGCUCUCCUCCGCCCUUCGCUCAUUGCGAUCCAAAAGUCAGACACUUAACUCAGAGGUUCUUGAAAGCAGUUCGAGUGAGUUGCAGCAGCUUUCCGAUGCAUGGGAAUUCCAAGAAAACGAACAUAUGAAGGCCGAGGAUAAGUUGAGAUCUAUACGCGCAAAACUAGCAGUGUUUGAAGGAAAGAUUGCACUAUCAGUAAUUGAUACACAGAAAUUAGUUGUGGAGAAGCAAAGGAGAAUCGAUAGUGCACGUAGAACUUUGCAGCUUCUUCGUACCACCAGCAUAUUUUGGACUCAUUCAGCCUUGGAAGUGAUCUUAGUUGGAUCCUUUGAUGGUUGGACGUCUCAGAUAAAGAUGGAGAAAACAAAGACAGGAAUUUUCUCUGCUUCUCUGAAGUUGUAUCCAGGAAGAUAUGAGAUUAAAUUCAUCGUUGACGGGAUUUGGAGAGUUGAUCCGUUGCUCCCGAUCAUUCACAACAAUGGGUACGAGAACAACAGUCUUAUUGUCCAUGAACGGUCUGCAUAGCAUAGUAUAACAAAGCACAGCUUCUUCUUCUUGUGUACAGGUUUUUCAUUCUUUUAACCCACAAUCAUAUACCUUCGAUUCAUAUAUUCAUUUCACUUUUCUGCUUUCUAUGUCUUGAAUACGGGGAAAAAGAAUUGUGGCUGAACAAAACGCUCAGUAACGCGCAGAUAUGACAUAUAACAAAACAGAAUUAAGAAACUUGUCAGAUAUCAAAAACCAUCAAAAAGUGAUUGGAUACGCGACCACGUACCAAACAAACACGAGAAUUUAGUACUGAGCUCAUGCAAGUAAUCGUAUAGACUUAAGCAUCACGUCAUAGAGACAUGUCCAACAAAUGACGGACAUAAUUCCCACCGGUUGCUGGGUUAUGAUAGCACAAGCACAACGGAAAUUUAAAAAUGUGUAACUCAAAUCAAGAACCAAUCGAAGCAGCGUAGAUGAUUUGUUAUAAAAGGUACGUUUCAUGAUGUCUCUAAAUCAAACAAGUAACAACAAGCAACAUCUUGUCGUCUCCAUGGUACCGUGCGAACCUCUCGAAUC